AUGAAUGAGGGGGAUACCCGGGUACCACUUAUAUUAGGUGUCAUCUUACCAUUACUAUUGCUUACUUUUGCUGUUGUACUUCUACGUGUGUACACUCGAGCCAUCCUACUAAAGCAACUCGGUGCUGACGAUGUUUGGGCUGUAUUGUCUAUGGUUUUUAUUACUUCCUGUGCAUUUGGUAUACUGUUAAGCAUUAAAUAUGGAUUUGGUAGACAUCAAGUCUUCUUAACAGAAGAGGAAAUCAGGAAUUGCUUCAAGUUAUAUUACGUGAGCAUCAUCUUUUACCCGGCAACACUCGGUGCGAUCAAGACAACACUCCUCUGCCAAUACUACCGCGCAUUCGCCACGAAGAUGAGGACAAUUCUUAUCCUUUCUAUGAUCCUCGUUUCAGCCUGGAGCAUCUCUCAGAUCUUCCUUGCUAUUUUCAUCUGUACCCCUACAGCUGCGUUCUGGGACAGAAAUAUACAGGGCAAAUGCCUUCCGAAACAACCAAUGUGGUACAUCACUGCAGCUGGGAACAUCGUGACGGAUAUUAUGAUUAUAGCCAUUCCCUUGCCAGUUGUGAUAAAUCUGAAGCUGGCUCGUCGGCAGCGCUAUGUACUGGUUGCAGUUUUCUGCUUGGGCUUUCUUACUUGUGCUAUUUCCAUAGUUCGAAUCCUCCAUCUGGAUUGUAUACACGACAUUCCGUGGGAGAAUGUCGAUUUGGCGUGUUGGUCAUUCGUCGAAGUUUGUUGCGGACUCCUAUGCGCUUGCGUUCCGACGCUACGACCUUUCUUUUCAAAAUAUUUUCCGGCAUUGCCUACUCCCAAUCGCUGGAGCAAGACAUUCGUUGCCAAUCCACAACCGGAGCACAAUACUUCCAGCCGUGGUCACGAUACCGAACGACAACACAGGCAUCAUGUGCAGGACGAUUUGCUUCAAGAUGACACCCAGCCAAUGAGGAUACUGUGCGUGUCUGAGUUCAAUGUGACAGAGGAAAGGGAAACGGCUGGUUCAGAGCUUGGGAGAUUGGGAGAGCGAUGA